GAAUCUACAGAUCGGAAAUUUCGGAGUUUCUAGUUCCGACUGGAAUAUGAAGGCGGCAUAUUUUCGAAAUUUCACAUACUUAUAAAACUUAUUUUUUUCGCAUACUACUACGGGUAUUCGGACACGGCUACUGUUCUUUCUAAACAAGUCUGCUCUCAGCUUGAGAGAAUGAUCAUAGGAUAUGUUAUGUGUAAUAUAAUGUAAUAAGCAUUACCGUGUUUCAAACAACAACGCGCAUUCCUUUUCCGUUUAACAAAACCCUUUGAGAUACAGUAUGACGCCAACCAAUGAGAUCCUUUCUAUUCAGUGUAAACGGAAGUGAACAGUGACCAAGAACGAUUUCCCCGUUCGCGUUUUUAUUGUUGUUAUUUAGACGUUUAUUAACACACUGGAACUUAAAAUAUGACUAAUUUACUUGCACAACAUCACAUACGUACCUAGGGUAGUUUAAAUCACGUUGGAGACAGGAUUUGGUUGAUAGCUAGCUAGCUAGCUGCUAACUAGCUAAAAAUGGCUAACGUGAACAGUAUGGUUUUUCACACUCAAAUAGCCUCCAUCAUGGAGGUGCUAGCGAAUGCAGCCGUGGCAGAGAUCUGUAAAGUCGUAGACGACGACUAUGCAGUGUUUCGUUUGGAAAUAACUCAAAGCCAGAAAGAAAACAGGGCAUUGCGGAGGAAACUACAGCUACUAGAAUUGAAGGUGUCACGGGAGCGCGCAGAGAGGACAUUGCGGGAGCGCGUCCUCGCCAUUUCCAGUAGUGUCAAGAUCCUCGACCGAUACAGAGGAAUGACAAGAGGCGAAGGACAUCUCACUGGAGGACACAGGAGCUUUGUGAAGCCAACGGGACACAAUACAUGGAGAGAUGACCAACCAAUCACUGUUGAUGAGGGGAAUGGAACCUCAUCCCAGCACGUUAUCGUGAUGGAGUCUGCAGAUGCAGAGGCUGCAGGUCCUGAGGUCAAGCAGGAGAAGACUGAAGGAGAGGAGGAACCAUGGCACAGCCGUAACAUCCAGACAGGAGCUCCCCCUGUAGCCGCAGAGGACCCCACCACUGCCACAGUGCUACCCAUGACCCGACGCAGCAUCACGGAGGAGGAGGGUCCAGAGGUGCUGCUGGUGAAGGAGGAUGGUUGUGAGGAGAGUCUGGGGAACCCUGAGGGGAACAUGGUCAUGGAGGACAACCAGACGACACCUCCUUCUGAACCCACAGAGGAACCAGCUGAACAGCACAGGACCACACACAGUCUCACUGAGUCAGUAGACAUGGAGAAUGGGAAGCCUGAUCUGCUGAUAGUCAAAGUGGAGACAAUAGAAGACGAACCAGAGAGCAUUGAUCUGCUGAGUGGACUAAAGAUGGGGGAGCAAGGUGGUUGGCUGGAGCCUAACAAGGGAGACUGGGCAGCCAUCUUGGAAUCCCAGACGGGCGCAGCCAAGGACCCAGGGGACCACAUCACUGAGCAGGGCGAGAUAGUGGAGUCUGCAGUCCAUGAGGACCUGCUGAUGUCCGGUGUUGCUGACGGGAGAGACUGGACCUCUGUAGCGGCUGGUCACAAACCCUGGCCCCGGAUCAGGACCCUGGAUCAGGAGCUGUCACUGUUCCUUCCCGAGUCGCAACUAGGACCAAACCAAGAGGGACAGAGACUCCACCACCACACAGAACACAAGCAGUGGACAGGUGGACUGAACAACCUCAGUCCUGGUGGUCAUCAGAGAGACAGAGGCUCCAUUCAGGGAUCCAGUCUGCAGCCCAGACCCUUCUCUUCACAGUCUCAGUGCAGGGAUGAAGCAGGGCCUGGGGCUGAUAGAGAUAGACCCUCCUGUUCCUAUGAUACAAACACCACAGUAUCCAUGAUGAACAGAGCAGGUCACCCUGGGCGUCAGCCUUCACAGAGCGUGGUGGGAGACCCCCCUGGUGGUGUUCUUUCAGGAAGUCUGUCUUCAGGGUCUUGUCUAAUGCCUGGUGACUGGGUUCAUAGAAAGCCUGGGUCUAGCCUUCCUCAGCUACCUCAUGGUUACCCCACAAAUACAGACAGGGUCAGGAUGGACGUUCACCACGAGAAGUACCUAGCCUAUAACACAGCACACAAUCCCAACAACAUUCAAACAAUGGCUAGAGGUCAAGGAGGGAGCUCAAAGACUAACCACCUGAGGGCAGUGGCUCCUGCUUCUACCUCCUCUGUUGUCAUUGGGUCACAACGUGGGAGGCCGAGCAUUAGGACGGACGCCGACAAGCCGUACGCCUGCCUCACCUGUGGGAAGCGUUUCGCUGAGGCAAACUAUGUGAAGAAGCACCAGACUGUUCACACCAAGGAGAGGCCCUUUAAGUGUAAGCUGUGUUACAAGAGCUUCUCCUUCCAGAAUAACCUUAUCAGACACAGGAGUGUCCACAAUGGGAAGAAAUCAUAGAAGUGUAUGAGUUUUACGCAGGGGAUAUCUGGAAACCAUUGUUUAGCUGACAUACACUACAUGACCAGUAUGUGGACACCCCUUCAAAUUGGUGACAGGUGUUUACAAUCGAGCACAUAGACAUGCAAUCUCCAAAGACAAACAUUGGCAGUAGAAUGGCCCAUACUGAAGAGCUCAGUGACCUUCAACAUGGCACCAUCAUAGGAUGCCUCCGUUCCAAGAAGUCAGUUCAUCACAUUUCAAGC